GAAAUCUGAGGCCGGUGCUGGAUGACCAAUAGAAAGCGGGGAGAGGUGCGGAAGGACCAAUAGGAAGCGGCGUGUUUCCGGGGGAAACAAUAGGAAACUGAGGAUGGUGCUAGAUGACCAAUAGGAAGCGUGUAUCGAUGCGGAAAGACCAAUAGAAAGCGGGGGGCGGUGCUAGAGGUCCAAUCGGAAGCUGGAGUUCCUGAAGGACUAAUAAGAAACGGGGCCGGUGUUGUACGAUCAAUAGGAAGCGGGAGGGGCGGCGCUGGAUGACCAUUUGGGAGCUCCUGGUCCUCCAACCAAUUAGUGACACUGAAGUGCGAGGAGUCAUGAAGGAUUCCAAGUGUUAACUGCGUUUCUUUCCACAAGCAGAGUCUCCCCAGCACUCUCUGUGUUUGCUUCAGAUUUCCAGCAUCUGCAGUAUUUUACCAUCGAGCGAGGGGCGGGACCGGGCUGUGACUGGAGCAUGCGCAGUGCGGGCCCUGGAUCCGGAACCUUGUCCCGGACCGAGUGGGAGGGGCUCUCUGUCUCCGCCCCCCCCCCACCACUUUUGCAGCAUAUUGAAUGGGAAGCCCGUUUCCAAAUCGUCAGUUCCAACCAAGCACCACGGCAAGGUCGAGUAGAGUCACUCCCUUCACUGGCACCUCCGUAUCAUCGGCCUUCCACCGUGCAAGAGAAUUUAAAAGAGGAUUUACAGAGAAGAAGCUCAAAUCAAACAUCAAAUCAAGACCUGACAGAGACAGUCGACUCACCAGGAACUUAAUAUCGUUGCCCGUUGACCAUGGAAGGAAAAAGAACGGUUCAUGGUGAAGAGAAAUCGUAUAUGUUUCGGAGGGCAAAAUUGUGGAAAUGUGAAGACUGUGGGAAGGAAUUCAAUUACCCAUCCGACCUGGAAACACAUCGACGCAGUCACACGGGAGACAGGCCGUUCAGCUGCCCUGAGUGUGGGAAGGGAUUCACGCAAUCUUCUGACCUGCUGAGACACCAGCGCGUUCACACUGGGGAGAGGCCGUUCACCUGCACUGAGUGUGGGAAGGGAUUUACUCAGUUAUCAAACAUGCUGAUACACCAGCGAAUUCACACGGGGGAGAAGCCAUUCACCUGCCCUGAGUGUAGACAAGGCUUUACUCAGCUAUCGACCCUGCUGAGACACCAGCGUGUUCACACUGGGGAGAGGCCCUUCACCUGCUCCAAGUGUGGGAAGGGAUUCACUGAGUCAUCCCAUCUGCUCAAUCACCAGCGAAUUCACAGUGGGGAGAGGCCAUUCACCUGCUCCAAGUGUGGGAAGGGUUUCACUCGGUCAUGCACCCUGCUGAGACACCAGCGAGUUCACAACGGAGAGCGACCGUUCACUUGCUCCAAGUGUGGGAAGGGAUUCACGACCUUGUGCACCCUGCUGAACCACCAGCGGGUCCACACUGGUGAGAGGCCUUUCACCUGCUCAGUAUGCGGGAAAGCAUUCAGUCAGUUGUCCAACAUGCUAGCGCACCGGCGUGUUCACACUGGGGAGAGACCAUUUGCCUGUCCGGAAUGUGGGAAAGGGUUCAGUACCACAUCCACCCUGAUGAAUCACCAGCGCGUUCACACUGGGGAGAAGCCAUUCACCUGUCCGGAAUGUGGGAAAGGAUUCUCUCAGUCAUCCAACAUGCUGACACACCAUCGCAUUCACACAGGGGAAAAGCCAUUUCCCUGUACCGUGUGUGAGAAGAGAUUUGCUCAUUUGUGUAACCUGCUGACUCACCAGCGAGUUCACCAUCACAUUGGGGUUGGCACUGGACAGAAACCAUGGAAGUGUGAGGACUGUGGCAAAGGAUUUGAUUAUCCAUGCCUGCUGGAAACCCAUCGACGCAGUCACACUGGAGACAGGCCAUUCAUCUGCUCCAUGUGUGGAAAGGGGUUUGCCAAGUCAGCCAGCCUCAUGUUACAUCAGCGAAUUCACACUGAGGAGAGACCAUUCAAGUGCAGUUAUUGUGGAAAAAGGUUCAGACAGUCAUCCACCCUCACUGCACACCAGCGAAUUCACACUGGGGAGAAGCCGUUUACCUGCUCAGUAUGCGGGAAGAGAUUUGCUCAGUCAUCCAGCCUCCAGUCACAUCAGCAAAUUCACACUGGGAAGAGGCUAUUCAAUGGCACUUCCCACAGAAAGAGGUUGAAGCCUUCAGCUGACCUGAUGUCACAUCAGCAUGAAGAUCCUGCACAGAGGCCAUUCACCUGCUCCAUGUGUGGGAAGGGAUUUACUCAAUCAGCCAGCCUCAUGUUACAUCAGAGAAUUCACACUGAGGAGAUGCCAUUCAGUUGCAGUCACUGUGGGAAGAGGUUCAGGUCUUCAUCCAACCUCAAUGCACACCAGAGAGUUCACACUGGGGAGAAGCCAUUCAUCUGCUCGGAGUGUGGAAUGGGAUUCACACAGUCAGCAAACCUGGCUGUACACCAACGAAUUCACACUGAGGAGAAGCCAUUCAAUUGCACUCACUGCGGAAGGAAUUUCAGGCAAUCAUCUACCCUCACCGCGCACUUACGCACUCACACUGGAGAGAGACCAUUCACCUGUUCAGAAUGUGGGAAGGGAUUCACCCAGUCAGCCAGUCUCAUGUUACAUCAGCGAAUUCAUAAUGGAGAGAUGCUGUUUAGCUGCUCUUACUGUGGAAAGGGUUUCAGGCAGUCUUCUGACCUCACUGCACACCAGAGAGUUCACACUGGAGAGAAGCCAUUCAUCUGCCCUGAUUGUGGGAAAGGAUUCACUCAUUCAUCUGGCCUUUGGUCACAUAAGCGAGUUCACACUGGGGAGAAGCAAUUCAGCUGCAUUGCCUGUGGAAAGAGGUUCAGGUCUGCUUCUGACCUCAACGUACACAAGCGAGUUCACACCGGGGAGAGGCCAUUCAUCUGCUCCACUUGUGGGAAGGGAUUCACACGGUCAUCCAAUCUGUUGACACAUCAGCGAAUUCAUAAGCGUCAGAAGAGUUUGACUUCUGUUGUUAAUCACAUUCAGGUUUGAUCAUAUGAUAAUAUUUGACGGGUUUCUGUUGAAUGUAACAACUUUGGUAACUGGCUUUAGUUGAAUAUUUUAGAUCUGCUCCUGAUUUUUGGGGUUGCAAUAUCCCUUAAAAAACACCAUCUGUGAUCUAUUCACUUAAUUUAAGAACUCCUGAUAGGAACUUGAUUAUAAUAAAUUUGAGCUUUUACUUCAAUCCAAAAUUUAUCUUUGGUGCAAAUCUAAAAGUCUGAAAGGUUUCAUUGAAUCUCCAAUUAAAAAGUGCUGAUAAAUUUUUGCUGAUAAUUCUUACAAACUUAUACAUCCUUCACAUUUUGAAAUUAAAUGAUCAGAAGCAAAAAAAAAACUUUGCCACACUGGGAAAACAUAGUAAUGUCACUCAACAUUGAUUUUAAUAAAGUUUGGGAGGUGCAAAAUUCAAACAUUAUGACCCAGCAGCAGCUACACUUGGUCAAGACAGAACCCUUGUAAAAGACUGGUCUGAGACCAGCUAAUGACCAUCUGUCAUUAAAGCAAAAAGCAAAGCCCGCCUGAUAUACAACGUAAACCCAAAAUCUACAACGUGGAAUCAUUUGAAAGUAGCUGAGACUUUCAGACAAAAAGAAAGGGAGACACUGUGUAAAGAAACACUGGAUCAAUUACCUUUGUCAAGGAAUCCAAAUUGCCUGUGACAGUAGAAAUCUAUGUCCUACAUUUGUUGGGAUCAAGAGUAUACUUGGUCCAACCAGCAUUAAAGUUAGCCCCUUGAGAUCAGGAGAUGUUAAAAUUCUCAUUGAUGAAAGUAAGAAGAUGCCCCACUGCAUUAAGCACUCCUUUGAACUGUACUCCUGUGACACAGAUAAAGUCCUGUCUCCAUUUCACACACUCCUGCAGCUUCUUAUUGUGGUUGACUUGGAUACAGAGCCUUCAUCACCCGACCUGGAAAAAGCCGUGGAUUGCCAAGCAAGCAGAAAGGCCGUCGGUGAGGAUGGAAUCACAGCCAGACUGUUCAAACACAGAAAGUCACAUGUACGGCUGCAUCUAAGUUCCUCCUCCUCCUGUUGGGAUAUAGGAUCUGUUCCAUACGACAUGCAUGAUGCAAAAAUCGCCACAAGCUAUGAAAACAGAGACAGAGGAGAUUGCAACAAUGACCGAGGCAUGUCAUUCCUAAGUGUUACAGACAAGACUUUCCCGAGGGUCAUGUUUAAAUGAUUCCAGUUAUUUACAGAGCUAGUGUAUCCAGAAGGACGAUGUGCUUCCUGUGCUGACAGAUCAACAGUGGACAGGAUCUUCUCCAUACACCAGCUACAAAGGAAGUUUAUAAUUGGAAUAAAACAAAGAACUAAUGAUCAUGAAAUCCCUACAGUGUGGAAACAGGCCACUUGGCCCAACAAGUCCACAU